CGUUGACUGUUGACUUUCCGUACCAACUCAUAUUAUUUAAAGUUAUUUAUUCAUUUGAAAGGGAAAACGGGUGUUUGUGCUUCCCAGUUCCCACUAUCUAACUUCUUUCUUUCUUUUUCUUUUUUGUUUCUGAUAGGAAAAUUAAAAAUACAUCAUUGCCCCUUGUUGUCAGAGGCGGUGCGUAAUGCGCGCCACUCACGGAUUGGGUCCGGGUUAUAACGAUAUAGUGUAAGUUCGUUUUCGACAGCCGACAAUUUUUCCUCACUCCGAAUCAUCAUCGUUGUUCAGAUCCAGUUAAACAGGAAGGAAGCUGACCUCAAAGCGGUUUGAGCUGGAAAGGAUUGGUGAUAGGAGGAUGAAGGAGAAAGACAGAGAGAAAAUGAGGUAUGGAGGUAGAAGGAGAAGACCAUUCCUGCAACCAUUUCUUUUAUUAUUUGCUAUGCUAGCUGGCUUCGGGCUCUUCAUGCUUGCUCUUAGGCCGUUAGAUCCUCCGAUUCGCGUGGAUUUCCCUGGAGACUCCGAACUCGAAGAUUUGGAUAGCUCGAGUUUGGAUGGUGGUGGUGGAAAGCCGAGGAACAGUGGAGUAACACCAUGUGCAACAGUGGAAGAGAUGGGCAAGGAUUUCAGAAGAGGUGUUUGGAGCGAAAACCUGAGAGUGAGAACAAUGAUUGAAAACCAUUUCGUUAUGAAUGGUGCUUCAAGAGUCAGGGAUCUCCCCUCAGAGCAGUUCUGUAGUCAUGGUUUUGUUCUGGGGAAAACUGCCGAGGCAGGUUUUGGGAAUGAAGUGUACAAGGUCUUAACUGCUGCAGCACUGAGUGUGAUGUUAAACCGAUCCUUGAUCAUUGGCCAAACCAGAGGUAAAUAUCCUUUUGGGGAUUACAUUUCUUAUUCCAACUUCACCUUUACCAUGAAUGAGAUCAAGCAUUUAUGGAGAAGCCAUGGAUGUGAAAGCAAAUAUGGGAGGCAACUGAUUAUGAGGGUUGAUGAUUUUGAAAAACCUCAUGAAACUAAUGUUCUAUGUAGCAAUUGGAAGGAAUGGGAGCCUCCUAUCAUAUGGUUUCAAGGAACUACUGAUGCUGUAGCUGCUCAAUUUUUCUUGAAGAAUAUACACUCCCAGAUGAGAAUGGCUGCUUUUGAUUUAUUUGGUGAUCCAAAAGUGCUAGACUCUCGCCCUAAUGUAUUUGGGGAGCUCAUGAGAGUUCUUAUAUCCCCUACAAAAGAAGUGCAGGAAGCUGUCAAUUGGGUUAUCAAUGGUGGAGAAGAUCCUGACAUCUCAUUACAUAUGCGAAUGCUUAUGAAUAGGUCCGUAAGAGCGGUACAGGCAGCACUGCGUUGUGUUAAAAAAGCCAUACAGAGUCAAAACUUUACUUCAAGACCAAAGGUGGUUCUGGUGUCAGAUACACCUUCUCUUGUUAAAAGUAUAAUGCCCAACAUAAGCGAAUUUGCAGAGGUCCAACGAUUUGAUUAUGAAAAUUACAGAGGAAAUAUAUUUAAAGGAAUGUCCCGUCUAGAUUUUAGAGUGAAGGAUUGGGGCCCUGCACCCAGAUGGGUUGCUUUCGUAGACUUUUUUCUUGCAUCUCGUGCAAGACAUGCUGUUGUUUCUGGAGCUCACAGGCGUGUUGGGACUACCUAUGCUCAGUUAAUUGCUGCACUGGCUGCAGCAUAUAAUCUGGGAAAUAACUCUGCCAGUUCAAGCUUUUCCUUUCUGAGCAGUUUCCAGAGUAACUUGUUGAGUGAGGGCCUAAAGAACCAGAUUGGUUGGGGCCAUGUGUGGAACAGAUACGCCGGGCCGUUGAGCUGUCACAACCAAACCCAUCAAUGCGCCUUUGCGCCUCUAAUCCCUCCAGCUUGGUGGGAUAGCCUCUGGCAAUCUCCCAUUCCGCGGGAUAUUAAUCGUCUGGCUUCCUAUGGCAUGCAGGUAUCUGCUUUGGGCACAGUGGACAGUGAUUCUCUUCAGACUUUCUGUAAUUCAAGGAAACCUGUUGUGAAAACCAUCCCUAUCAAACUCUAGUUUCUGCAAAUCACAAUCCAUUGCAUUCGUUUUUGGAUGAUCGUAAUAAUCAGUGCGGUAGCGUUAGAUAUCUCGCUCCUUUCUGAAUUUAAGUUUUCUUAGUUCAUUACCUACCAAUUUUAUUAAAUAUCAAGGACCUAGAAAUAUAUGGUUUAACAAGAAGCAGAAUAUUCUAUUAAAAAAGAAUAAGAAGAAGAAGAAAGCACGAGUUCCCUGGUGGAGUCGCCUAAAAGGGAAAGGAGGCAGCUACGUAGCAUGUAAUUAUGUACACAUAGCGGUGAUGUUAGGUCUUUUUUGUUCAUCAUAAUUUUGUACCUUUAAGAAUUAGGGAAUUCACUGAAAAUUUGUACAUUUGUCUGUGAAAUAACUGUUAUACAUGUAUUUUUUUCCAUUCAGUUUAA